UUUCAUAUAUACACACUUUCACUUUCUUUGCUUUGUUAUUACACUAUCCAUCUUCUUUGCCCCACCAAUUACAAAGAGAUAAAUGGAAUGGUAUUCAAGCAUAAUUCCCAUCAUUGUGACAGUUGGUUUGAUAUGGGCAUGGAGGAUACUGAAUUGGUUGUGGUUAAGGCCAAAGAAGCUAGAGAAACUGUUAAGAGAACAAGGUCUUCAAGGGAAUCCAUAUAGGAUUUUGUAUGGAGACAUAAAGGAUCUUCUUAAGAUGGAAAAGGAAGCUAGGUCUAAAUCCAUGAAUCUCACCGAUGAUAUAAUGCCACGUGUAAUUCCCUACAUCCAACACAAUGUUAAAAUUCAUGGGAAGAAUUCUUUUAUGUGGUUUGGAACAAAACCAAGGGUGAUUCUCACAGAACCUGAGCAAAUCAUAGAUGUAUUGAACAAUAUCUCUGACUUUCCAAAGAAUAAUCAUAAGAUUUUCAAGUUACUAGUUAGUGGUCUUGCAAGUCUUGAGGGAGAAAAGUGGAGCAAGCAUAGAAGGCUAAUCAACCCCGCUUUCCAUUCAGAAAAAUUGAAGGUUAUGACACCAACUUUCUUCACAAGUUGCAACGAUUUAAUUAGAAAAUGGGAGGAAAUGUUGUCUCCAGAUGGAUCAUGUGAAAUAGAUAUAUGGCCUUCCCUUCAGAAUUUGGCGAGUGAUGUUAUUUCUCGAACAACAUUCGGAAGUAGUUAUGAAGAAGGAAGAAGAAUAUUUCAACUUCAAAUUGAGCAAGCUGAACUUAUGACAAAAGUUCAAAUGAAUUUUUACAUUCCUCUAUGGAGGUUUGUACCUACUAUGGUCAAUAGGAGGAUUAAUGAAAUUGGGAAAGAUAUAAAAUCUUCACUUAAGGAUAUGAUCAACAAAAGGGUGAAAAUAUUAAAGGAAGGUGGAGAAAAUAAGAAUGAUUUAUUAGGUAUUCUUAUAGAGACAAACCACAAGGAAAUUAAAGAACAUGGAAACAACGUGAAUGUGGGAAUGAAUAUUGAAGAUGUAAUUCAGGAAUGCAAGUUGUUCUACUUUGCAGGGCAAGAGACUACUUCAACUUUACUUGUUUGGACAAUGGUAUUAUUGAGUAGGUACCCUGAGUGGCAAGCAAGGGCAAGGGAGGAAGUAUUACAAAUCUUUGGCAACAAAAAACCUAAUUUUGAUGGGCUAAAUAACUUGAAGAUUGUUACCAUGAUUUUGUAUGAGGUUAUGAGAUUAUAUCCUCCCAUAAUUGAGCUUUCGCGAAACGUUGAAAAAAAUGUGAAACUUGGAAACCUAACAUUAUCUGCUGGAGUGGAGGUUUUCAUGCCAAUUAUAUUGUUGCACCAUGAUUGUGAAUUAUGGGGUGAUGAUGCUAAAAUGUUCAAUCCUGAAAGAUUUUCUGGAGGAAUUUCCAAAGCAACGAACGGUAGAGUUUCAUUUUUUCCAUUUGGAUGGGGUCCUAGGAUCUGCAUUGGGCAAAACUUUUCUCUAUUGGAAGCAAAGAUGGCAAUGACAUUGAUUUUACAGCAUUUCUCAUUUCAACUUUCUCCAGCCUAUGCUCAUGCUCCAGCCACAGUAAUUGCUCUUAAGCCACAAUACGGUGCUCAUAUUAUUCUUCGUAAACUGGAAACAUAAAGAAGCUUUUUGAUGUAAUUAUAUCACAAAUCUCUUUUAAAUUGAAUAUGUAUUUGGAUUAGACUUAUAUAUGAAUUUUCUAUAAGUUUGGAAGUUA